AUGAAUCUUCUUGGCGGAACGAUCUAUGGUUUUCAAGCUAUUUUUAAAGUUUUAUCUCGAAAUAAAAUCUAUGAAAAUCUAUGUUCAUCAACACCAACAACAGCGGGCUCAUGUGUAGAACAGCUCACACAAUAUCAAAAUGCUUUGACACUGGGAAUUGCUUUCUUUGAUUUACCAUCGUUUUUUGUUGGAAUCCUUAUCGAUAAAUUCGGUUGUCGUUUUGUUAAAUUAAUUUCCAUAAUAUGUCAUAUCAUUGGAUGGGUAUCAUUAGCAUUGUUGAAGCCAGGCCGCGAUUAUCUGUUAUACAUUCAUUGCGUAUUUUCAUCAUUGAGUGGAAUCGUAGUUGUAAUAACAACUUAUGCAUCAUCAAAUUAUUUUUCAACAUCACGCGCAUUUGUAGCAUCAUUAUUAGCUGGAGCUGGAAUUUCAUCUACAAUGUGGUUUUCAGUAUUUCAAGUAUUAAUUGACAAUGGGAAAAUGGAAUUGAGUCAUUUAGCUUAUAUUUGGUUAGCAUUUGGUUUAAUAAUGUUUUUAACGUCAUUUUUAUUUCUUGAUUGGAAAUAUUCAUUUCUUAAACUACCCUAUAAAUUUGAUAUUCAUCUCGAAGUAGCAGAUGAAGAGGAAUCAAAUCGAAAUACUCUAUGGAAAAAUCUUCGAAGUCCAUUGUAUAUCUUAGUUGUUUUAUUUCUAAGUAUUGUUUUAAUUCCAAGUGUAUUUCUUUCGGUUUUUUGGGAACCAUUUAUUACAUAUAUUACAGGAGAUGAUGAAUCAUUAGCAAAUAAAUAUACAUUUGCAUACAAUGUUUCCACAUUGUCCUCAAUCAUAAUUUGUCCAAUCAAUGGAUUUUUACUUGGAUAUAAUGCUAGCAAAAGUAAAACACAAAAAUUCUUGAAUGUUGCACUUGUUGAAACGGGCUCAUGGCUAUUGAAUAUUAUUUUGUGUAUUAUUCCAAUAUUUUUAUCAUCGAAUAUUCUUAUUCCAUUAUUAAUAAUAAAUUGUCUAUCACGAGCAACAAUCGUGGCUGCAUGUCAAGCUGUUAUAUCAACAUUUUUUCCAUCUGCAUAUAUCGGUCGAUUAACUGGAAUCAUGUGGACUAUUGUUGGAGCUGUUACUUUCGUACAGUUUGGACUUAUUAAAUUAACUGAUCCGAUUACUGCAGCAUGGAGAGCAUGGUUAGUUAUAAUAGCAUUAGUUGUUGUCAUGGGAUCGCAUUUAGUUCAAGUAUGGAUUAGAUAUUUUAAACAAAGAAAAAAAGACUUGAAUGGUUAUUACCUGAAAAAUACACGAUUUUGA